AUGUCCGAAACAUUUGUUAAUCGUUCUUAUUAUUCACCAUUAUCCAAUGAAAUUGCAUCAUGGCAACGUGAUUAUACACCUGGACCACUUACUCAAAAUGAGUUUUAUCAAUUUUUUCAAGAUGGUUUUGUCAUUAAACGUAAUUUAUUAAAACGAGAACAAUUAGAAUCAGUAAUUCAUGGUAUAGAACAGUUAGUCGAUGAAUUGGCACAAGAGCUUUAUCGAGCGGGUAAAAUUCAAGAUCUACAUGAAAAUGAUGGUUUUUAUCAACGGUUAACGGCAAUUGACGCACAAUUUCCAGGUGCUGCUGUUCUUCUUCAUAAACGUGGUGUUUUACCAUCAGAAAUUGCAUCAUUAUGGUCGAGUGAGACAUUACUUAGUGUUGCUAAACAAUUACUUGGACCUGAUAUUGCUGGACAUCCUGUUUGGAAUUUAAGAACAAAAGUACCCAAUCAAGAACAAGUCACUGUUCCUUGGCAUCAAGAUGCUGCUUAUUUACAUAAAGAAUGUUGGAAUGUUCUUCAAGUAACAGCAUGGAUUCCAUUAUUAGAUACAAAUGAAGAAAAUGGAUGUUUACAAGUGGUACCUGGUGCUCAUCGUUCAGGUCAAGUUUGUAAACAUAAUUGUUGUACUGGUAAUACAUGGUAUAUUGAAGUACCUGUUGAAGAAAUGUCAAAAACAUUGAACAUUUCAGUUAAUGAACAAACAAUAUUUACAUGUGAAGUACCAUUUGGUUCGGUUUUAUUUUUCAAUAAUUUAAUUCCACAUAAAUCAAUGGAAAAUUAUAGUCAAAAUAUACGAUGGAGUUUAGAUUUAAGAUGGCAAAAACCAAAUGAACCCAAUGGAUUUUAUGGUUUGAAAGAUAAUAUACUAAUGGUUAGAGGUGAUGAUGAAAAUUUUAAGCCAGAUUUGGAUAAAUGGUCAAAGAUUAGUAGAACAAAAUUACAAGAAGCUGUUGUUCAAAAAUCUAUUCAAAAUGAAAUACCAGAACUAAAAGAACGACAAAAAGAUGAUCCAUUUGAUACAACAAUAACAGGACCAUGGAUGCAUCAGUGGCCAAUUGUACACCAUAAUAAGCAUACAAAAAAAUCAAUAACAAAUACUACUAGUUGA